AUGUUUGCCACACGCUCUCUGUUCCACGCCUGCAGAAUCACGCUCUUUAGCCGUGACAACUGCGGCCUUUGUACGCAAGCCAAGGGUGUCUUGUCCAACGUUUGGGACAAGCGGCCGUUUGCCUACAAAGAGGUCAAUCUUGCGCUACCCGAAUCCGAAGCCUGGCGCAAUCUGUACGAUUUUGAUAUCCCAGUGAUUCAUAUUGCCAAGAGCGACGCGCCCGAGGAGCAACCCGGUAAAGCAGACAAGGUGCCCAAGUUGAUGCACCGAUUCACAGUCGAGCAGGUGGAAGACAAGAUGGAUCAAGUUGAACAGAACUAA